AUGGCCUCUCCCAAUUUACCCCAUGAAACCGACUAUAUUGUGGUCGGGGGUGGAACAUCUGGAUUAGUCGUUGCUUGUCGACUAUCAGAGGACCCGAAUAUCAAUGUCACUGUUUUAGAGGCCGGCCCCGAUGGGAGGCAAGAUCCAAGAAUACAAAACCCCGAUGCCUGGAAUAGUUUGUCCGACUCCGAAUUGAAUCGGAAAAUCAGUUUCAUUCCUCAGACUGGCCUUAACGAUCGCAUUCAAGAUCACCAGACCGGUAAAGUACUCGGGGGCUCAUCGGCAAUCAACGGACUAGCAUUUGUACCUCCGUCUCCAGUGGGUAUCGAUGCUUGGGCAAAGCUUGGAAAUGAUAAAUGGACAUGGGAAUCUCUACGCCCUUACCUCCAGAAAUGCUAUACCGUCACCGCGCCGGAGGGACUACCCUCUUUCAAUAAGCAGCAACACGAUAUAGCAGCUGGCCCAAUCCAAAUUAGUUGCCCUAUUGUCGAGGAUAAGGUUGGAAUGCGACUUACUCAAGCGUGGGACGAUGCGUUCAGGUCCCAGGGAUACGAGACCAACAAUGCCGACCUUCUCGCCGAAAAUACAACAACUGGGACCAGGCCAUUGUUCUCUACCAUCAAUCCCAAAACCGGCAAGCGCAGUAGUGCCGACAGCCAGUAUGGCACUGUGGCCGCGUCUCGUCCGAAUGUGAGAAUUUGCACUGAGACCACAGUGCACGAGAUCUUAUUUGAUUAUUCAUCUCCGGAUAUAUUGGCGACUGGUGUUCGCGUCGAUUACAAUGGGGAGAUUAUAACUAUAAAGGCAAAGGAAGAAGUAAUUCUGGCGGCCGGGGGUUUUUGUUCGCCCAUGAUCUUAGAGCACUCCGGUAUAGGGGACAGCAAGUGGUUGGGCAACCUCGGCAUUCCAGUGAAGAUCGACCAGCCUAACGUGGGACGGAAUCUUCAAAACCACCUCAUGAAAAUCAUACCUGUUCCUAUCAAAGCCAAAUCAGGAGUCGAAGAGGCCAAUCUUGGAUUCAAGGGGGGUGGGCAAAAUAAGCUUCUCGCUGCGUAUACCGAAACCGAGGAUGGACCCAACAGAAUAAUACGAUCGAUUAUCCAGCAUCCCAACGAGGCCUCCGCCAGUGCCUUCAUCGCCCUCGCCUCUCCGGAACUAGCCAUUGUGGGCGUCAUAAACAGUUACCCAUUUUCACGGGGAAGUUUGCACGCGAGCACCAACCGGUUUAAAGACUCGGAGACACCUAUUGCGGAUGCAGCUUUCCUGAGCAACGAGCUUGAUCUCGAAUUCUUAGCUCGAAACGUGCGGAAUAUGUACGACUUGAUUAAUACUCCGGCUCUUAGCCAAUACCUCGACUUAGGUGAUGUACCUAAUGACAUUGAGUCAAUAAAGGCCAGCAUUCGUGAAAACGCAUUGACAACCCAUCAUAUCUGUGGGACUCUCGCGAUGCUUCCUCGCUCUGCUGGGGGAGUGGUGGAUCAAGAUCUGAAGGUUUAUGGUACACAAAAUCUACGCGUUGUUGAUGCGAGCAUUUUCCCUCUUACGCCUCAUGCCAACCCCAUGGCCACUGUCUAUGCCGUGGCUGAGCGGGCGGCUGAUUUGAUUCGAGGAAUUUGA